UUUGUUUUUUGUUUUUUUUUCUUUUUUUCCACUUCUUUGAUUAUUGUUUAUAUUUGGGAAAGCUGGAGGAGCAUGGUUUUGAGCCUUUUCCUGAAUCCAAGUUUUUCUAGCAUGCGAUCGUUCUGUAGACAAGGCGCUGUGUCUGGGAGUCCGCGGCGACCGUGCCCGCUGGGAGCGUCUCCCAAGUCCAGCAAAAUGUGCAACUGGUUUUAUGGAAAAAGCGAUGUGAAGUAUGGUGCCUAUUUUUUUCCUCUGUAAAAAUAAAAAGCAUGUUUCUAACUCUUUUUUUGCAUACUCUUUUUCUGAUAACAUUUUUUGUAUAGGUGGGAUUUUACGGCAGUGUUUACAAGUUUGUGGUCUUGCAAUACUGGUGCAAACCACUGAGCAAAGACAUUAAUUUUAUAUUUUUGUGCCCUUUUUGGGAGCCGGUGAAAACAAAUUCGUUUUUUUCCUCCUGUUUUUGAUACCCAUUGAUAACAUAAAACUUUUCUUACAGCUCGUGACUGGGAUCAUUUUUAAGCAAAAUACUUUUUUCUUCCUCUAAAUUAACUAUGACUUUUGCACAUUUGACUUUUUUAAAAAACCGAGAUAAUUUUAUGAUAGAUAUCCUGAUAUCUAUAUCUAUAUUAUCCCUUAUUUCUCCCCCUUCCCUCCCCGUAAAUCAAUUUUCAAAUGAUGGCAGUGGAAGGUUUUUAUGGAAAAAAAAAAAUGAAGUGCGGUUUGGUUUCCUUGUCAACGGAGGAUGAAGUGAACAGCUGAGCAGCUCGCAGAGAGCAGGAUUAAAACAAGGAGAGCCAAUCAUGACUGGCAAAACACAGACCAGCAAUGUCACCAAUAAGAAUGACCCCAAGUCCAUCAACUCCCGUGUUUUCAUUGGCAAUCUAAAUACAGCAAUUGUCAAGAAAGUUGACAUUGAAGCCAUUUUUUCAAAGUAUGGAAAAAUAGUUGGAUGCUCCGUUCACAAAGGGUAUGCAUUUGUACAGUACAUGAGUGAGCGACACGCAAGAGCUGCAGUGGCUGGAGAAAAUGCUAGAGUCAUCGCAGGCCAACCACUUGAUAUCAACAUGGCAGGAGAGCCCAAACCAUACAGACCAAAACCUGGAAACAAGAGGCCCCUUUCUGCACUUUAUAGACUUGAAUCAAAGGAACCUUUCCUGUCCGUUGGUGGUUAUGUCUUUGACUAUGAUUACUACAGAGAUGAUUUCUACAAUCGGUUAUUUGAUUACCACGGGCGUGUGCCUCCACCUCCCCGUGCAGUAAUUCCACUGAAGCGCCCCAGAGUGGCAGUCACAACAACUCGCAGAGGGAAAGGAGUCUUUUCCAUGAAAGGUGGAUCGAGAUCUGCUGCCAGUGGGUCAACAGGCUCUAAAUUGAAAUCAGAUGAGUUACAGACCAUCAAGAAAGAAUUAACCCAGAUCAAAACUAAAAUUGACUCCUUGCUAGGACGCCUGGAGAAGAUUGAGAAACAGCAGAAGGCAGAGGCAGUUUCUACAGAUAAAGUGAUCUGAAAUAAUGUAUGAUGCCACGAAGCAGAAAAGAGAAACUGUGACAACCACCAGAAAUGUGAAAGGAGGUUUCUUUCUGGACAGCAGCAUCUUUGGUUCAAUUUAUAUAAAAACCCAAAUAAAUAUAAUGGACAGUACUGCUCAAUUUUAGAAAUUCCAUUUCUUCUAUGUUCUAAGCUGUACAAUUGUCAGGUUUUUAUGGUUUGAAUUGUAAAUGUGUUUUCCCCUUUGCUAAUUAUUUUUUUUUUUUUAGUCUUAAAAUGUGGAAGACAUUUAUGAAUGGUAAGGGAGACACACUAUAUACAAAUGUAUAUUUGUAAAAGCUAUUUUUAUGAUUAGCAUGUUUCACUGUUGAUCAUAUAUAAAGUCGGGUGAUAUUGCAAUUCUGUAUUUAAAGCUUAUUUCCAACAAUGUCAUGUAAGAAAAGAUGCAUCUUAUGCUAGUUUUUAUAAUUUAUUUUUAAUUUAUAGUUUAAAGUACUUCAGAUCAUAAUGAUAAAAUACUUGAGAAAGUUAUAUUUCUGCCCUGUAUAAGCACCCUUUUUAUUAAUAAAGAAUGCAGAUAUUUCAGAUGUGAUACAAUAGUUAAAGAACUGUUGGUUUGAUCUGUGAUUAAGUUGAGCAUGCUCCGCUCUUCUGAACUAAAAUGAUCCAAUUAUUACUUCAGCCUGGGUAUGAGAUUCCAUGGACAGGUUUCAGUGUUCAUACAAGUAAGGACUAUGCCAAGGAAAAAACUGUCUUGCCCUUGGAUCCAAGUUUAAAUUAGUGCAUACAUCAUUUCAUUUCACCUCCUGUUCCUAGGAACUCUCCAUUCCCAAGCAUUGCAAGUGUUUUCCAGAUAAUCUUAGCUGUUGUCUUGUGCUGUGGAAAUGGAAGAAACCAUCUUCACAGACUGUAGGAGAAUUCAACAUUUAAUUUCUUAAUAAACACUGUUUCUUUUAAAACAAA